UUUCCGCUCGUCUCUCAUAUAACGGUUCACGUGUUAAUGGAUCCAUUAAUCAUACAGAAACAAUGGAAUUAUCACUAGCUCAAGAAACAACACAAAGUUGGCCUUCCUUCGGAAUUAUUUUGGGUAAACAACAAAAUGAUUUUGUUGAGGAAGAUGAAUUGGAAGGAAAUCAAGGGACUUCUCUAGUUGUUGAACGUAUUGAAAAAGGAUCCCCUGCUGAUAAAUGUGGAAUUCUACAGCCCGGUGACAGAAUUCUCUGUAUUGAUGACUGGCACACAGCUGAUGGCACUUUAGAAGAAGCCAGUCAUUUACUAAGAAUUCUUUCUCUUUCUGGCAAUCGUUCUGUUACUCUUCUUGUUGAAUUUAAUGUUAUUGAGCCCGUCCUUCCCCCAGCACACGGCUCUUUUUUUGUUAUGAGAUUAGCUAAAUGUGGCAAAUGUCUUGGUAUUGUUUGCCAAAGUCAUCAAAAUGGAACGGCUAAAGGAGAACCUUUAAUUAUUUCACAUAUUAGAAUUGGAAGUGUUGCACAUAGAUGUGGAUCAAUCCAAGUUGGGGACCAAAUCCAUUCAAUUGAUGAUAUACCUUUGGAUACAUGUACUUUAGAUGAAGCUAUGCGUUUAUUACAAAGAUCUGCUAGAAUAGUUAAAUUAGUUAUAAUUAAGGGAGGUGGACAAGAACAACAUUUAUUAGAAUCGCCCCAAUCUUUUGUAUAUACUGUUGAAUUAUUGAGAAGGGGAAGGCCUUUAGGUAUUACAAUAGCUUCUGCUGGGGGUGCUCUAGAUCCAAUAAUUAUUUCUAAAUUAGCACCUAAUGGAUUGGCAGAAAGAACAGGAGCCUUAAAUAUUGGUGAUCAAAUUAUUGCAGUUAAUGGGGAACUUUUAGAAGGAAAGAAGGUUAGCCAAGUAACACAAAUUCUACAACAAUGCCCAGACCCAAUUUCUCUUAAAUUAAGCCGUCCAAUAGCUCCAAAUAUUGAUAUUAAAUUGCCUUAUUGUCGAAAUUUUAAAAAGUUUGAAAAUACAGCAAUAUUAGAACAAGAAAAUAAUAAAAAAUUAGUUGGAAUUAAUUCAACACCAAAAAAGAGUGUGGAUAGUGCAAUGGAUUCUUUAGAGGGUUCACCUACAGGAAGGCAAAUAAUUCCAAGAUAUUCUUCACUUUGUCGUCCCUCAACAUCUACAAAUACACAACAAAGUUGUUAUUUAUUCACCUUUCAACCUUUACCAUAUAAAAAAUAUUUUAUCAAAAAUUAUUAA